GCCAAGUCAACUUCAUUCAACAUUCAUAAGUGGAAUCCAAAAUUUGAUCUCUACCAUAAGCAGAUAUUACGCACACAGUACGGAUAAACAAAUCAGUGAAAGGAGCACUAGUUGAACAGGUUCAACACAGUGUAUUCGAGCAGAGACCUAAUAUAGUUCAGUUGUCUGAAUUGGAUGCAAAGGCAGAAUACUAGUGUGUAAAGACAUUUCUGCAAAACAUGCUUGCUAUCAAAGCAUUUACGUGGCAUACGGUAGCGGGUUUGGUGUUUAGUUUUCUUGGGAGCCACCUAGUCGGCACACAGGAAAACAGCCAGGAAACACGGCCAUGGUACGAAAAACUGCCAGCCGUCGCAAUGGAUUACAAGGUACACAUCGACGCUGGCAAGGAAGAUUGUUACUUUCAGUACGUGCAACCGGGUAGCACUUUCUAUGUCAGUUUUCAGGUCAUCAGAGGAGGUGAUGGAAUGGCCGGAUUUGCGGUUCGCAAUCCUCGGGGGGAAAUAGUGCAUCCGUACCAAUGGCAAGCAUCCAGUGAUUUUACCGACGGUUCUUCCAUGGGAGGAUAUUAUGCCGUUUGCAUUGACAAUCAGUUUGCCAAAUUUGCCAGCAAGCUAGUCAAUCUGUAUCUCACCGUCAUUCGGUACGAUGAGUGGGAGAAGUAUACUAAAGAGAUUGAAGACUUGAAUGUCAAUAUGAACAACUUUACGAACACAAUUUCCACGGUGGAACGAAAUUUAAACGCCAUGUUCCAGUAUCAGGCCUACUCGCGAAAUACUGAGGCACGGGACUACGCAUUGAUAAUCGAUAACAACUCGUAUGUGCUGCAAUGGUCCAUCCUGCAGAUUGUGGUCAUAAUUCUGACCACUUCGAUUCAAGUUUACUUCGUACGGAAGUUGUUCGACAUCAAAACAGGAACAAACACCAAGAUGAGGAUCUAACAGCAGCGACAGCUGGUACGGUGCUAUUGCAAUCAUUCCCGGUGGACUGAGGAAACUUAGGAAAUACUAUGAACGGCAGCCUCCGUCUGUCUCGUGCCUCAAUCAGUUGGAUAUUCUAGCGUGCAAACAAAACUUCAGAAACAGUUCGCAUAAUUCAGAAGUACUUCAGUAUGCUAAGUAUACUUUAAAAGAAAAAACAAAUGUAUUUUGUCGCGUCGUUUCAUUUAAGCCCAUUGUUUAUUUAAUAAAAUAAAUACGUUUUC